AUGGACCAUGGUGGUCCGUACCUCAACAGGAGUGCCCUCUGCUCCUCUCUGGGCGCCGCCCGUCUCUGUCAGCUGGCUAUGGGAUGUGCUGUGGUUGCCAUGGUAAACCACAGUGCCGGAUACAGCGGCGCUCAAGGCGUGUUCUGCAUGGCAGCAUGGUGCUUCUGCUUCGCCAUGACAGCGGUGGUGUUUUUCCUGGAUGCCACUCGUCUACACAGCUGCCUGCGCGUGUCCUGGGACAACCUGACUGUCACGUGCGCCGCCUGUGCCACGCUCAUGUAUGUGACGGCCUCUGUGGUUUACCCACUCUUCUUUGUCCGGUCCGAGUGUCCAUACGCUGGCUGCCAUGUCCGAGAUUUCCGCAUCGCCGUCACCGUCUGCUCCAUCCUGGGAACCCUGGCCUACGGGGCUGAGGUGGCUCUGUGUCGGGCCAGACCGGGACAGAUAGUGGUGGGCUACAUGGCCACCGUCCCCGGCCUCCUCAAAGUCGUCCAGGCCUUCGUGGCCUGCAUCAUCUUUGGCGCUCUAGCCAAUGGGAGUCAGUAUUCCCAGUAUGCUGCCACCAUCUACUGCGUUGUUGUUUAUUCUUUCUGCUUCGCCCUGACGGUCCUGCUGGUUGGAAUGAUGGUGUGUAAACGCACCAAGACUGUGAGCUGCAUGCCCUUUGACCGCGUCGUGGUGGUGUGCACGCUUCUGGAGGUUCUGCUCUACCUGAGCGCUUCGGUGGUGUGGCCGGUUUUCUGUUUCGACACCAAAUAUGGCACCCCAUGGAGACCGUCCUCGUGUCCCCGUGGGAGGUGUCCAUGGGACAGCAAAGUGGUGGUGGCGGCAUUCUCCUGCAUGAACUUUGGACUUUAUCUGGCAGACCUGAUUUACUCUCAGAGAAUAAAAUUUAUCUCCUCACACCUGCCCACCAACUCCUGA